GGCAAAUAUUCGUGUCUGUGGCUGGAUUUCUUAUAAUUAAUAUAAUAAUUAAUAUAAUAAAUAUGUUGUAUCUUAUAGUAACAGUUAAUGAAGGUAUUCAUUCUGUACUUCCUGAACAAAUAGUUACAAUUGCAGAAAAUAAACAGUUUUCAGAGUUAUAUGAAGCAUUUACUUCUGGUCAAUUUAAUAACCAAGGUGUCAAAGUUUAUGUACGUCAAAAUAAGGUUGACAAAUGGGUAGAAGUAAGUGACGGUUUAAGUGGUGACCUUACAAUUAUGAAGGUUUUAGGAUAUAAUCAUGUAAAAUUUACACUUCUCGUAGAACCUGUAGCAGAAGAUAUAGAGCCACCUAUAAACUUCCCUGACACGUUUGACAUCAUGAUGAGAAAUGCACGACAACCAAAACUUCCACAGAAACGUACUGAACAUACUAGGCAUGAUUUAUUAUAUAAUGAAAUUAUUGAUCUUUUACGCAAUCAAAAAGCUGGUUGGAAGGGAGGUAUUCAUCAAACAUUAGGAAAGGAAUUUAUAGAACGUAUUGUGAAUGUUCUCUGGUAUAUUGAUCCAUAUUUAGAGCUAUUAUGUUCUCGUUCCUGCCAUCUGCCUGCGCUGUUUAAAAAAUUGGCAACAUACGCAAGUGAUGAUCCUGAUAGAAAUGUAUACAAUAUUGCAUAUCGUACUAGUCAUCAUAAAAAAGAACCUAUUUCGCGUCAAAAACUGGAUCUUUUAAUUAAAUCAUUAGAAUUAUCUGUAGGACAACCUUGGGUGAAUGAUAAUGAAUGGAAUAAUAUCAUUCCUGCUGUAAUUGCCUUGAUAGAAAUGAUGCGAAAAUAUUGUGAACAUCUUGUAAAAAGCCAAAUAACAAUGACUGCUAUUCACCAUAAUGAUGAAUCAGCACGCAAUCCAGUAAAUAAUGCUUGUUUAUUUCGUGUACUUGGCUGUAAGGAAGAUCAUCUGGACGAACAAUAUCAAGAGUUAAAUGAUACUAUUUUACAAAGUGGGUUUUACCAUUAUACCGAUGUUUAUUCUUAUCUUCCUACAGAUGUUAUGAAACGUUAUCGAUAUCUUAAAAAUCUCCAGUUAACUUGUCCGAUUGGAAUUUAUAGAUAUGCACAAGGGAAUUAUCUUGGUACAAUAAUGUAUAUAUGGAGAAUACCAGAAUCUGAAGUAACUGAUGAAUUCCAAGAUGAGACUGAAAAAGUUCGUAUGUUAGCCAAAAUUCACGAAGGAUUGCCUAAGUACUUUACUCGGCAGAUGAAAAAGAAUGUUCUUAAUAAGUAUUCUUUAAUAAAAACAGUUACCCCUGCUGUGUUGCGAAUGCUAUACUUCGAUCUUACUGGUAAUGCAGCUGUUACAACAAAUAUUAUUAGUCGCGAAGUUGAAGAAAGAUUACGUUUAAUGCUAGCACUUGAAGAUCCAUCAAUAAUAUUUGACUUACGAGCAAAUAAUGGAUUUAAAGGAACAAAGUUUGAUGCAUUCUGGGAAGAAUUAGAUAUGUACUUUAAUGAGGAAACACCAGCUGUAGAUGACCGACGACACAACACAAUCAUGCAUAUGCCUUUGGCAAUUUCCAUACGUGAUCUUUAUGAUAUAAUUUUGGCAAGACUACGUAUCAAAUAUGGUGAUCCUCUUCCAGUUUCAAUUUACACGCCAUCGUAUGAAUGGAUUCGAUUACAAUUUUGGCCAACAAAUCCUGUGACAAUAAAAGCUGUGCAAUAUACAGGAAGAUAUCAAGUUAAAUUCAAGUCUAUGUCAAAGAUCGAUCCUUCAUUAACUCGUAAUGAUACCACACAAGUUCAAUUAAUGCAUCAUAAAGAAUUGAUCAAAUUCAUGAAAACUCAUUGUCAAGAACGUGCUUAUUCUUUUCAAAUAAAGAAGUGUCAAGAUUUAUUAUGUGGUAUUUGUGCACCAAUACGCCUCCCACAAACUGUCUUUGACAGUUUACAUUUCUUACCUGAUCCAAUUCCAAAAGAUAAUACAGAUCACUACUCUUCAUUUCGUACCGUCUAUGGAACAGAAACUAGUGAAGAAUUUCGUCCAUCAAUGCAACUUAAUCAAGCCAAUGCAGAGCCUGCACCAAAAAGUGUACUAGUUAGUGGAAAAAUUCGUGAUUACAUUACAUGUUGUGAUUGUGGAAAACGGCGCUGUGUUUAUAGUGAUAAAGCAUUAAGCCAAGAGGAGAUACGGGAUUUUAAUCAAGCUUUGGACACAUAUGAUUAUUCUUGUGGUGCACCUCUCUUUCCUGAUGAUCAUUAUUUGAUAGAAAUUUUGUUUGUUCGUGUAAAAAUAUCUUGUGAUACCCCUGUAGAAAUUCUUUACUAUUCUAGCCGAAAAUCAGGAAAUUUCGAUAUAUGCUAUUAUUGUGGUACAGAUAGUGAUUUAAUUGAUCCGCCUAGUACAUUAACGGUUAGAUAUAAGAUAAUAUAUCCAUUGUGUCAAAAGUGCCAGGAUAAAGGCAAGGAAUUUAGUACUCGUUCAGAGAUCAAGGUAAAUAGUAGUAAGCGAAGAAAGACAAGUUAA